AUGGCACCGAAAAAGGUAGCAGCUUAUGGGGUCGUUUCCAAUAAUGAUAUUAGCUGUUUAAAUAAAACUAUCGAGGAUAUGAGGUCACAACUAGCUUCCAUUACUGAGAAAUAUGAAAAACAACAAGAUCUAAUUGUGUAUUUAACUAGAUCUGUUGAAAUACUUACAAAGGUCAACGAAGAACUUAAGAAUGAUAUUAAUAAUUUGAAAGCUUCGUCUUUGGGCAACUUCGAUCAUUCAAAAAUUGAAACUGAACAAGUAUUGGAAACCAUUGAAGAAUAUUUUGAAAAGAAGGAAAAAGAACCAUGUCUGGUCGGCAUAAACAUUCCAGAGAAAUCUACGGAUGAUGAAUCUGCUACUGCCGAUAGGCUUUUAGCAGAAAACAUUGUAGUUGCCGAUGGACUUUUACUAAUUGAUAAUCCAAACAGUAUUUUCUGUAUCAAUGAAACGUGGUUGGAUGACUCUAUUGAUAAUCACGAACUAAAUUUUGACGGCUUUAUAGUAUCACGCAAGGAAAGAACAAUAAAUAGUUCAAAUAUUCGUGGAGGUGGGCUUAUCAUGCUUAUUCCUGAUUAUUAUAAAUUUAUAACCUUCGAUGAUUAUGUUUGCUCCUCUUUUGAAUCUUUGUUAAUUAAAAUUUAUCUUAAUAACAGUAAUAUUUCUCUUUUAAAUCUAUAUCGCCCACCGGGCUAUGGAAGCAAAUUCACUAAGGACCUUUACAACUUGUUACUCAAAUUAAAAUUAAUUGGUACUGAUUAUGUAAUUGUUGGUGAUCCUAAUAUGCCAAACAUAGAUUGGGAAAAUAGUUGUUUAAAAAGUAGCAAUAAAUUUGAAGAGGACUUUUUAAACUUUUGUACCUAUGUUGGUCUACAGCAACAUGUUAAGGUCGCCACUAGGUACAACACUAUAUUAGAUGUUGUGUUAGCUACCUCUACCUCUCUUGUUGAUAGUAUUGGAGUCUUGGAACCUUUUGUAAUAGUGAUCACAAUGUCAUUCAUAUUUCAUUAA